AGGAGGCCGGAAGUGAGCGCGCUGACAGGAGCCGGGCAAGAUGGCGCUGCGGCCGGGCCUGGGGGCUGGGCCCGGCGCUCCCUCCGCCGCCUCUCCUCCGGCGCCGGGCGGACCGGGAGGAGGAGGAGGAAGGAGCCCCGGCCCGGGCAGCUUCAUGUUUCCUGGUCUUGGUCCUCAAGGGAUGAUCCCCAUGCAACAGCAAGGCUUCCCAGUGGUUUCUGUCAUGCAGCCCAACAUGCAAGGCAUGAUGGGGAUGAAUUACGCAGCCCAGAUGCCUCCCGGAACGAUGGCCAUGCAGGGCGGCAUGCCUUUGGGUCACCUGCCAGCAGCUGGAAUGCAGUUCAUGGGGCAGGCUCCCUUCCUAGGAAUGCGCCCCACAGCCCCUCAGUACACCCCGGAUAUGCGGAAGCAGUUUGUGGAGGAGCAGCAGAAACGAUUUGAACACCAGCAAAAGUUUUUGGAGGAGGAAAGGAAACGGCGGCAGUUUGAAGAGCAGAAACAAAAGCUACGGCUAUUAAGCAGCGUGAAACCAAAGAUGGGCGAGAAAAGCAGAGAUGACGCGCUGGAGGCCAUUAAAGGGAACCUGGAUGGGUUUUCCAGAGAUGCUAAGCUCCACCCCACGCCAACGUCGCAUCCCAAAAAUGCAGAUCACCCCACACCAUCCCAUUCUGCUGUGUCUGUCUCCCAAACCUCUGCCUUUCUUGACGACGAGGAGUUUAGUGACUUUAUUCAGGGGCCCGUUGAAGCCCCGACCUCGGUGCCUCCGACCUCUUCCCAGCCUUUCCGGCCUUGCCCUCCUUCCUCCCAGGCUGGGCAAUGGCUUUCAGAGAAGGCUGUGGCCCAGGCUCUCCCUCCAGUCCAGCUUCCUGUGUCCUCCACCCUUCAGGGUGCCACUGGGCAGGGUCCUUCUCUCUCUGCUUCUCCGGCUUCUCAAAACACUCAGAAAACAGGCCCCUCCAUGGAAGAGAUGCCCCCACUGCCUGGUGGGUUGGGCGCAUGUGGGCCAAGUGGGCUCACGGUUGAGCUGAGUGCCGCAGCCUCGGCUGUCAGCCGCACUGAUCCUGGGUUAGCCGCCAGUCACUGGACGGCUGUAGAGGGGCUCCCACUUGGGGCCCCAACUCCAGAGGCAAACAAGGCUUCAGAACAAAGCCUGUCAGUUGAAGAGAGUGGUGUCGGCGUGUUUCCGUCACAGGAUGCUAUCCAGCAGCUGAUGCCCCCAUGGAUUUACAAUGACACCCUAGUUCCAGAUCUGUACAAGAAAAUCCUAGAAACGACCAUGACGCCUUCUGGGAUUGACACUGGCAAGCUGUAUCCCAUUCUGAUGUCAUCCGGGCUUCCCAGAGAGACUCUUGGGCAAAUAUGGGCCUUAGCUAACCGCACCACUCCUGGGAAGCUGACUAAGGAAGAACUGUAUGCUGUCCUGGCUAUGAUCGCAGUAACUCAGAGGGGUGUUCCAGCCAUGAGCCCGGAGGUUUUAAACCAGUUUCCUUCUGCCCCAAUCCCUACGCUAAGUGGGCUUCAGAUGGCGAUCCCGGUCACCGUGAGCCAGCAGCCUCUGAUGCCGCCAGUGGUGCCUGUUUCCAUGCCUCUUAGCAUGGGGCCGGCGGUUGUGGGGAUGGGCAUGGCCGCAACGACGACCCAGGCUCCCAGUACGUUCAUGCAGUCCUUUCCACCAAACCAGGCAGCCAAACAAGAGGAGGAUGACUUCCAGGAUUUCCAAGACGCUUCGAAGUCGGGAGGGCUUGACGACACCUUCCCAGAUUUCCAAGGGGAAGCGUCCAGAUCGAGCAAGGCGACUGCAGCCCAACACCGGAGCAGUGCUCCUUCGAUGCUGAUUCCACUCUCCGGUGUGAAAGCCCCGCCUGCAGUGGACAAAUACGCUGUUUUUAAAGGGAUUUCUGCCGACAAACCUGCCGAAGCCGCAGCUCCUCUUGGAGAUUCAGGAGACAAAUACAGCGCUUUUCGAGAGCUGGAACAGCCGUCGGAGGUUAAACCUAUAGGAGACAGCUUUGCGGAAUUCAAGUCUGCGGGAACAGAUGAUGGCUUCACGGAUUUCAAAACCGCAGACAGCAUCUCCCCACUAGAUCCUCCGACCAAAGAGAAGCCUUUCCCUCCGCCUUUCUCUUUACCUGCACAGCUGAAACCCCAACCGCAAGCAAAACCUUCUCUGAAUUUGGCCGACUUGGAUCUGUUUUCCUCAGCCUCUGUUGAGGAGAACAGACCCCCAGCCUUCCCGGCCUUCCCAGCCGCCUUUAAUGCCGCCAAGCCCACGUCUGUCCCUGCAGCACCGCCUCCAGUCUCAGCCACUGCCCCAGUUUUGCCAGCGUCCAGUAACAAUAGUUCCACCUUGGCUGAUGACUUUGCGGACUUCAACCUCUUUGCAGGAUUGUCCAAUUGUACCUCGACCGUGACUCAGGAUGAGUUUGCGGACUUCAUGGCUUUCAAUAACAAUACCAGCGCUUCUGAGGAGCAGCAGCCGCCGCCUGAUGAUACAUACAACACUCCCAAGUCAGAGGCCGGCGUGGCACCUCCAACGAAUGCCCCCUUGGCUAACACUGCCAAAGGUGGGCAGAGUUCGGCCACUCCUUCGACCAAGUACGACAUCUUCAAACAACUCUCUCUGGACAGUCCUGGUUUAGGCUUCGACGAGCUGAAAGACCCCAUUCCAUCGUCCGCAAAGAGCGAGGACGAUUUUGCCGACUUCCACUCCAACAAGUUCUCGUCCGGCUCCGAGAAAUCCCUGGUGGACAAACUGGCGGCGUUCAAGCACGCCAAAGAGGACUCGGCCUCCGUCAAGUCGUUGGACCUCCCCUCCAUCGGGGGCAGCAGUGUGGGCAAGGAGGACUCCGAAGAUGCCCUCUCUGCCCAGUUUGACAUGAAGCUGGCCGACGUGGGGGGAGACCUGAAGCACGUCAUGUCCGACAGCUCUUUGGAUUUGCCGACCGUUAGCGGGCAGCAUCCUCCAGCAGCAGAUCUUGACGACAUGAAGUAUGCUCCCUUCGGAAGCUACAACAACAGCUCUGGUCUGAGCAGCUUUCCGAGUUUUGACUGGUCUGACAAGGAGGAGACCUUCCCGAGCAAGAAGCCCACCUCCUUCCCUCUCGUCCCGGGCGUUGGGUCCUCUUUGGCUACCUCUGUCCUCCAGAAGAAAGAGACACUCUUCGGCAGCUCGGAAAACAUCACCAUGACCACUGUUUCCAAAGUCACGACGUUUGCCGGCGAGGAUGCGCUACAGGACGCGAAGUUCUCCCUUUUUGCGAACAUCAAAAACCCCAGCCUUCACUCGGCGGAUCAAAGCGAUGAAGAUGUGGAAAACUUUGGGGAGUUUGCAAGGCCUCCGGGGGAAUCCUCUGAGGGCGCGAAACGAGAGCCCAGCUCCAAAGAAGGUGCCGACGACUUCGGCGAGUUCCAAAGCGAGAAGCCCAAGAUCAGCAAAUUUGACUUCUUGCUGGCGACCUCCCAAGGCAAAAUGAAGUCUAGCGAAGAAAUGAUCAAAAGCGAGCUUGCAACCUUUGACCUUUCUGUUCAAGGAUCUCACAAAAGAAGCCUGAGUUUGGGGGACAGAGAGAUCAGCCGUUCCUCGCCUUUGCCGCCCCUGGAGCAGCCAUUCCGAGACCGGUCCAAUACCCUCAGCGAGAAACCCACUCUCCCUGUUAUCAGAGACAAAUACAAGGAUCUUACCGGAGAAGUCGAGGAAAGCGAGAGGUAUGCCUACGAAUGGCAAAGGUGCUUAGAAAGUGCCCUUCAAGUCAUCAAGAAGGCAAACGACACUUUGAAUGGGAUCAGCAGUUCAUCUGUAUGCACUGAAGUAAUCCAGUCCGCCCAAGGCAUGGAAUAUUUAUUAGGAGUUGUUGAAGUUUAUCGAGUCACAAAACGGGUUGAGUUGGGGAUCAAAGCCACCGCUGUCUGCAGUGAGGCCCUUCAGCUCUUGCUAAAGGACAUCGACAAAGUGUGGAACAACCUGAUAAGCUUCAUGUCUCUCGCAGCCCUGACGCCUGAUGACAACUCGUUGGAUUUCUCUUCUUGUAUGCUUCGCCCCGGGAUUAAAAAUGCACAAGAUCUGGCCUGUGGUGUUUGUCUGUUAAAUGUAAACUCUCGAAGCAAAAAAGAAGAGAAGCCUGCGGAUGACCGUCCGAGAGAAGCCUUCAACUCAGAAACGGACAAUUUCAAGCUCGCUUACGGAGGGCACCAGUACCACGCCAGCUGCGCCAACUUCUGGAUCAACUGCGUGGAGCCCAAGCCUCCGGGUCUCAUUUUGCCUGACCUCCUUUGAAUGGACUUUGAAUGGAGGAACGCGGCGGGUGGGGGAUCAAACCGAUGUGAAAUUUGUUUUGCGCUUGUGGUUGAGAUAUGUGUAAGAUGUUGACUUCCGGCUAACUGUUCUCUUGCGCAGAGUGAAAGCUGCUUUUAAAAAAAACGUUCACUGGCAUUGCGAUUUCUCUCGUGCCCUUCCCGCCCUACGGUUUCCCUCUUCCCACACUUCAGGGAUAUAUUCACUCUCUGAGGGCUGUAACGGACGUUUAAUGAACCAAAAUGUCCUGACUUGGAUUUUGACUGGCGGCGGUACUUUUACAAACAAUCCUGAUGCGUCACUUCCAAAGCCCACUUUUACGCACCGGCCUUUUCAGACUGUCAUAUUGGCCCUCUUUGUCUCUCCCUGUCUUAUUGUUGAAAGUUUUGGGUGGUUUUUGGUUAAUAUUUUCAGCCCUCUUUUGGAAUGACAGUGUUGGCAAAGCCAUGUCCCUGGCACUUCACCUUUUAUUGUAAUCUCGCCUUUUGUCCCUGGGAAUGCAAGGCGUCUGAUACAGAAUAAAACUUGUGUAUAUAGGGAA